AUGGCUUCCUGCACGUCGCUUUACGAGAUUCUCAGAAUUCCCGCCGCGGCUUCCAACCAGGAGAUCAAGGCGGCGUACCGACGACUGGCCAGGGUCUGCCAUCCGGAUGCGGCGGCGGUUGGUCGGAAGAACUCGUCGGCAGAUGAGUUCAUGAAGAUCCAUGCUGCGUACUCCACCCUAUCGGAUCCUGAAAAGCGUGCCAGCUAUGAUAAGAGCUUGUUCCGUCAUCAGCAACCGCUGACGACGACGACGGCGUCGAGAUUUUCCGGCUACUCUGGUCGGAACUGGGAAACGGACCAGUGCUGGUAG